AGUCCUAUCCGGAAUUCCUCCUCUGAUUUUCGGAGUUUUAGAACCGCUGUUCGCCAUGGUCGGAAACAGACUGUGCAAGUAUGUUUCAACGACUGUUGCACGUAAAGCGAUGGCUGUCACCGGUUGUCUGGUCGUUUCUGGAUGCUUUUUAAUUGUGGCGUUUACAUCCAACUUUCUUGUGGCUGUCAGUUUUAUCGUCUUGGGCUUUGGAAGUUCUGCAGCUAGGGUGGCAGUUGCUGAUGCCAACCCAUUUGACAUUGCGCCCCGAUACGCCAGCGUGCUGACAGGGACAGGCCGGGUUAUUUGUCGUGCUGUUGGCCUGACAUUCCCGCUACUGGUGGCAGCACUUACAGAGAAUAAGACGAGACAGGAGUGGUCCCGAGUGGCCCUGAUUAAGUCGGGAUUUUUUGCUGCCUCCGCCAUCGUCUUUGGAGUCUUCGGGAGCGGAGAAGAGCAGCCCUGGGCCGUGGUGACUUCACAUGGUCAAAACGGACCGAAUCAAGAUCCCAAAACCCAACGGGGAAAAGUAGAUGACGAGAAACAACAACUGAUAAAAUGAUCUACAUUGUAUUAGAUCUGAAUUAGAUUCCCGUUUUAGUGGGGUCUUGUGGUGUAACGACAGAGUUUUUGGGUCAGAAAUAAAAGAUCCCGGGUUUGAAUCCUGCCAUGUCAUUGAUCUUGUGCCCUUAGUAAUGCACUUCACCCAAAUUCGCUUACUUCCCUCGCGUACGCUGAAGAACACAUCGCACUUUUCAAAAGUAGUAUGAAGCCAUGAGGUGCUAUGGUCCAAAUACAACUAUCUAAAGAUUAUCACUAUCUACUACGUUAUUUCUUGAAGGCAGUUGGUCCUUUACUAUUAAAAGAAUUCCGAAUCAAAAAAA